ACGCAGAAAACUUGCGUUCAGCAGUCUAUUUUAUCAGCGUUUCAAAUGCAAAGCGGCAAAUCACGUUUAUAAGCGUUUGAAAUUUUUUUUUUAACUCUUCAGUUCAGGAUGCUGUCCAGAGCCUUUUUUCAUCAUGAAAAAUGCAUGCAAAGCGUUUUCAAGGUACUCAGAUGGACAAAACACUGAACACAGGAUGGACAAAACACUGACCAAGUUUGUCACACAUUGUAAUGACCAAUUCACACCUCAGACCUUUCCCACUCUUGGAAACAAAAGAUAUGUUAAUGACCAUUCACACCUCAAAUUUCUCAUG